CACCGUGUAUGGACGGAUCUAUCUAAAUUCAUGUGAUGAAAAUAUAAUAAACUUAAAAAAAUGAGUACGACAUCGACAAAAAGAAUAUCUGAAAUGCCGGGCAGUGGAGCGUCAUCAGCUAAUGUUGCAAAACCGGGUGAUGACGAUUAUAGUACAACUCCAGAAUUUAUUUACGGCGGGCCGUUUAUCAAAGUUGAAAAACCCAGUCCGUUCAUAAAUACAGCGACUCCAAUUAAUUUGCAGUUACAAGGGACGUUCAAAAAGAGUUUCGCGUAUUACUCGCUAAAGGAACGUAUGCCGGUUAUAUUAACCAAAGUUAUCGACUAUCUAUCGCGGGAGAGUUCUAAAAUAAAAGGGUCAUGUGGUGCUUCCGACGAAGACAUCCGCAACUACAUACAAUACAUAACAAAACUAAAGAACGACCUAGUCACCAACAAACCGUACGAUUUACUCAAAGUUGACAGCCCUGAAGCGAAGCGGUGGAACGAGUGGAUAUCCGCGGUUGACAGCCCUAGCUAUUUCCUUAACACUUGGGUGUUCACUGAGUGCUAUGUUUACAGGCGGUUGAGGGAAGGAUGCGAACUGAACAAAACGCUGGAAAAGUUCGACCCGUUCGACGAGCAGAAAGCUCAGUCAUUUACCAACAGCCUUGAACCUAUGUGCAUUGUGGCUGAGAAACUUACCAGCAUGUUACAGCCUAGCGAUAAGGAUAAGAGGAAGGCGGAUUUUAUGACUUUGUUGAAGAUUUGUCUAUGGUCCAACAAAUGCGAUCUAUCCUUGUCUAUGGGUGAACAAGUGAAGUUAAAAAACGAGGGAGUCCAAAAGAGUCCGUCUAGAGAUGUCAUAGAUCCGUUUCAAAUGAUUUUAGACCUUAAAGACAAGAUACUUGUAGAUGACUCAGCUAAAAUAGCCGACCAAGUUGUCGUUCGAGCGGAAAAUAUCGCAAAAGCUAUUGAAGGGAAUACCACUUUGAAAAAGUGCAGUUGCAAUAGACUAGCUACGGCCGCCGGUUUGCCUCUCUGUGAGCAAGAUGAAAAACCCGCGGAAGCCCCGCCCGAGGGCGAAGUCCCCGAAGGGCCUCCGCCCCCGCCCUGCCCGGCUAAGUUCACUGUGCCCGAGUCGGUCAUGUUCGAUAUAGUCUGUGACAACGCGGGCUACGAGCUGUUCACCGACCUGUGCUUGGCACAUUUCUUAAUAUCACAAAAAAUCGUACAAAAGGUUAGGUUUCACGUUAAGAAAAUACCUUGGUUCGUGUCUGACGUCACGCCGGUAGAUUUUCAAUAUGUGAUAAGUUCGUGCGCAAAGGGCAGCUAUCGAAGAGAAGUGCCGGCCGAUCCUAAACCAGAUGCAACAGAAGAUAGUGCAGAAGAACCGCCGCGUAUAAUUUCAUCAGAUAGUUUACAGCAAUUGGCGAGUACUUGGGAAACUUAUGUACAAGACGGGACCUUUGUUGUUAUGUGCGACGAUUUCUGGACUUCACCGCACGUUUACAAAGACAUGAAGAAAUACGAUCCGGAUUUAUAUAGACAAUUACAAUACGCAACGUGUGUGCUGUUUAAAGGAGAUUUGAAUUAUAGGAAAUUGUUGGGAGAGAGGAAUUGUAAUCCCACCCUGGGAUUCGAACCGGCGUUGCAAGGUUUUCUACCAGCGCCCAUAGCGGCGUGUCGAACAGUAAAGGCCGAUUUAAUUUGCGGCUUGCCGAAAGGGAAGUGGGAGCAGUUGAACAAAAUCGACGAAAAGUGGAUGGAAAAGGGGGAUUAUGGUGUUAUACAAUUUUGCGGAAAAUGCGAACCGCUGAAAGUCUCCGAACGACCCUGUCCUAUGUAUGGAGAUACUUGUAAAGGAGUCGUCUGCUCUUAGAUUAAUAUGGUACUCAAAUUAUUGGAAAUUAUAAGUGAGAAAAAGCAACAAGGGAUAUUAUGAAGAGAUGAAAUAAUUAUGUUGAUAUUUUUACUUUUACUUUGUUGAAAUAAACUUAUUUUGGUAUAAAA